GUGACUCAGCUUCUCAAGUAGUGCUCUGGUAUCAUUUAGGCAGUCAGUAGAAGGCAGUUAUUGCUUUCUGUUAUUCACGCACAAUAAAUAUUGAUUAUGCGAUUAUUUUUUCUUAACUGCAGUUAAUUUCUACUGCCAAUUUGUUCUCUCAGUUUUUUGUGCAACUACUUUUGUGCGUGGCUGUUUCAGAUGUAUAUUAGAAACACACUUUUUUUUUUUUUUUUUUUUUUUAAGUGUCCAGAACAAGGCAUUCUGACUGGUGAACAAAAUAUGUCCAAUAAAAUAACUUCAUGAAAGUGACCGGAAAUAGGGAGUGGCUGCUGUUCUAUAAGAUAUUUGAUCCAGCUCUGCUAUUGAAAACUGAGUGGCUUUCAGCGCGCUGUGCAGACAUUCAAAUCAAUUCGUGUGUUUUUCUUUGUUUAUAUAUAUAUAUAUCUUAAAAUGAGUUGCGGGUUUUGUCAUCUUGCUAUGGAGUCCAGAAAAACAGGACUGAUAUUACAAAAGGAAGACACAGUUGCACACGAGAACUGUUUGCUGUUUUCUUCUGGACUUGUCACUCAAAAUACACCUGAGGGGGAUGACUUGGUAGGAUUUUCAGUUGAAGGUGUGAAAAAGGAAAUUAAUCGAGGGAGAAAACUGCAUUGCUUUAGAUGCAAGAAAUCUGGAGCGACUGUAGGCUGUGAAGUUAAAAAAUGCAAAAGAUCUUAUCAUUUUUUAUGUGCCUUAAAAGAUAAUGCAAAAAAGGAAGAAGAUGUGGACCGUGGAUUGUUUAGGAUCUAUUGUGAAAUGCACAAGAGUAAAAUACCAGAAGAUGCAACUGACGAUAAGAGUGAUGCCGAAUCUGAUCAAACCGAUGAAUCGGUCACGGAUAACAGCAGUGAGGAAUUCACCAAGACGACACCUAAGAGAAAAAGAUCACCUCCAUCAAAAAGGAUUUGUUCCAAAAAAUCUCGAAAAUGGACAUCAAGCCCAAGAAUUGUAAUCUCAAAAAAGAACUCUGCAGAUGGAGAUAAAAAAGGUGAUGUCACUUUAAUAGAAAGAGAAGAUGCAGAAAUUCCGUGUAGUUCUGGAAUCGGGGGUUCAAAGACAGAAAAACGGACUCCGAUAACAAGCCCCAGCAAAAAUUCUAUUCGUGCAAUUUCACCAAGUCUCAAAAUAGUUAGAUUGGAUGCAGAUGUAGUGUCAAAAGGUAAAAACACGAAUGAAAGUGAAGAUGAACAGCUGACAACAGAUGCAGUAGGCAAAAACGGCGCAUGUGCUGUGGUGGUCAGCGAUGACAGCACAAACCUGGACUCGCAUGAUGAUGAUGAGGAGGAGGGGUGUUCUGAAGGUAUCCUGAUUCCUAGGAACAUGAAAAGUGUAUCUCUUGGGAGCUCCGUAUAUUCAGGAAAUCCAGCAGAGUUCUGGAAGAAGUGCAGAGAGGCACGGUGCGUAGAGAAGCUUUUUACAAAAAUUCAGACUGCCUUGUCCAAUGUGUCACAAAAAAUUGUGACGCAGGCUGCCAACGAUCAAGAUUAUAAAUUUGCAAUGGACAUCCUCAUAGCUUCUGGUUUGUGGCCAGAAGUCAUUUCGGACAACAAUAAAGAUUUGAAGGAAAAACUGAAAAAACUUGAGGUAGAAAUUGAUUCUUUGUUAAAAGCACAAGUCGCAAUGCAAGAACUCAAGGAGAGAACGAAGAACAUGCAAAAGUGAGAAUUACAGGUUUUUUAAUAAUGUCAUUAAAAAUGUUAUGCAAUCAGUAAUUUUUAAAGGGAUUUUAGACCUGGUACAAUCUUAACAUUAUGUAAGAUUUGUAUUAUUCUACUGGCUUUGGAUGUUUUGUUUUUUCUAAACUGUACCUUUUAAUGUAGUCUCUUUUUUUUUUUUUUUUUUUUAUAAAUCUAGCAACACUUAUAGAAUUGUUUGUUCUUUGUUCAUCUAACUAAUGGGAUAAAUAGACAGACCUCUGAUCUGUUAGUUUCACUUUGUAUGAACAGUUUGAUACCUAAGUAACACCAGGGUUGUGUUUGCUAAGGAUAUUAAAGUAAAUACACCUGUGAAAGGACAGACACAUUUUAUUUUCCAGCACAGUGCAUUAUAGGAUACGGUGUCAGUAUAUAUGUUUGUUUGUUUUCUUAUUAUUGUGUAAUUAUUUUUAUUUUUUUUUUUUUACUGUGUGUAAGCAAGCUGUGUUAAUUUUGAAUGUGUUUCAGUUCAUUGCAAUGUUUUUAGUUUAGAAGUUACUUUUACUUCAUCUAAAUCUGUAUAGCUGUACGUAUUUCAAUAUGUAUAAACCAUGCUGUAUUGCUUUUG